AUGCUCGCAUCUGCCCCCAAAAAAGAAAUCAAAAAGAAAGAUGAGACCCCAAAAGAGGUGAUUAGCAAAGAAAAGGAAGAUGAAAAUAGCAAAUCGGAUGAGUGGAAAGCAAAAGAGUGGAAAGAAUGGAUGGCGCAGUUAGACCAAGAUGCAGAAAUAUUCACAACCUCUUUAGAACAUAAAAAAGAUCAAUGGCUAGUUCAAAGAGAGCUAGAAUUUGGAGAAUGGAUAAAAUCUAUGGAAGAUAAAUGGAAUCAUUAUAACGAAAAAAUGGGUUCAGAAUACUACUCCUUUAUUUAUAAAAACACCGCAACAUGGACAGAUGAACAGUGGGAAAAGUGGAUAAAGACUGAAGCAAAGCAAUUGAUGGAACUCGAUUGGAAUAACUGGAUCUCAGAAAGUGAAUCCUAUGUAGAUGUCAUGAUGGUGAAGGAAUGGAUUGUAUGGAAAAAUAACAAAAUUAUGGAGUGGAUUACGAAAAAAUGGAAAUGUAAGGAAGAUGAACAAUGGGAAGUUUGGGAAAAUAACAAAUGGUCCAAAUGGUUCUCUAUAAAUAAAAGGAAACAAUGGGCCCAGUGGAAAGACCGACUCAGCAAAGAAACGGAAGAAUGGACCACCUGGGUGGAAAACAAAGAAAAACAAUACCUUGAUAGGGAAGACCAAAAAUUAGAUGAAUGGAAAAAAAACAAUUACAUUUUUUUUAACAAAUGGAUGGAAUCCUACAUCAACAAGUGGAUUAAAGAGAAGCAGUGGAAGAAUUACUCCAAGCAACCCAGUAUUAUGGAGCCCCCAUCAAUGAUGUCCUUGAGUAAUUAG